GGGGUCCUUGUCGGUAGGACGCCGGAUCGACUAUUUACCAGAUAUCACCCAUUCACUCCCUCGCGCGGCUACUUCACUUCCUCUCACUCUCUCGCUUCACCUUUGAGUCCAGGCACUUCAUCUUUGUAUGAUCCCAUCUUGUUGCAACUCACCACUCCUUUGAGCUGCUCAAGAUCAGUCGUUCUUUACCUUGCCUCGGCCUUUCAAUUGUUAGCAACGCACAGUCGGUGACCGUGCAUCCUUCGGAUCGUCCCCAGCCAGUCCGUGCCUCAACACCAACACUCUUUGACCAGAGUCCAGUCCUCAGCCUCACCUGGUGUGAAAAAGCAUCAACCAAAACACUUGGGCCAUUGCUCGGACACUGCUCACCCAGCCAGCUGUCACCAACCCACGAAUUCUAUCAUCUGCGCAGCCCGGUGCAUUGCCAUUUCCUGCCACAUUCUGGUAUCAAAUAGCCCUCGCAUAACCACCGAAUUCAGUCUCAAUAAUCAUCAGACUAUUGCGACCAACAACUCGACUACGACUUACUAGUUCCGACUCUUCGACUGCAAACAUGAAGUUAUCCAUUGUCGCCCUCGCCGCCACAUGCGCCGCAUUGACUGCCGCCAAACCACUGGACAAACGUGCACUGACCACCACUGUCGAAUGGGAAACCGUCACCGUUACUGUCACCGGCACUCCUCCCGCUGAGACUGAGCCGGCCAUUGCCUCUUCUGUCGCACCCGCACCCGCUGCCACUACCGAUGCCGUCUCAUGGUCUUCCAACAACGACUGGACUUCGGGCUCUGGUUGGGGUGGAUGGGGGAAUGGAUGGCGAGGUGGAUGGGGAGGGGGAAGUGCCAGUGCUGGUUCUUCUGCCGCGGUGACUUACACUCAACCCCCAUCAUCUGGUCCUGCUCCUACCUCAACUGGCGGAGAAACUCCAAGCUCGUCCACCCCUAGUCAGCCAGCUUCCACCAGCGUCUCUUCCGACUACCAACAAGGUAUCCUCGACUCACACAACAUCCAUCGCCGAAACGCAUCUGUUUCCGAUCUCACUUGGAGCGACAACAUGGCAUCAAUUGCAGCUCAGAUUGCAGCCAGCUGUGUCUAUGCUCAUGAUACUAGCACCGGCGGAGGUGGCUAUGGUCAGAACAUUGGCGCCGGUGCUGCUCCCUCUGAUGUGCCAGGAAUGAUCACCAACGAAAUGUACAACAACGAAAUCAACUGGUACCCUCUGCCAUAUGGUGUUGAGCCCGACAUGACCAACUUCGAGAAGUGGGGUCACUACUCUCAGAUUGUCUGGAAGUCAACCACCUCUGUCGGAUGUGCUACCCAAUACUGCCCCAAUGGUUUGGCCAACACUGGAGGCGGGGUCAGCCCAUACUUCACUGUCUGCAACUACAGCCCUCCUGGAAACUUCGGCGGUGAGUAUGCAGCAAACGUUCUGCAGCCCCAGGGUGAGCCCACAGUGACGCUGUAAAUGUCGACUUGAUGGUGUUUCUUCAUGAUUGACGAUUCAUUGCAUUGCACUUGCACCUUGAGAACCUACAGCGGGCGCAUUCUUUCCUUCCAAGGCUGGUUAUGGCCACACAUUUAUGAAACCAAGAGUUUGUUGUGAUUUUGGAGCUUGCGACCAGCGUCGCCAACACUGGAUAUUGUUGGGUUGUUUUCUUUCCACGCGCAGGUCAUUUGGACACCUCGUUGCUUCUCUGAGAGGGAACCGAGGCCGCACAGAUUUUCACUUCGUUUUUUACCUCUUGGGCUACAGUUGGGGAAUCUUUUUCAUUUCUUUUUUCAAGUCUGCAAAGGAAGGCAGAUAGAGAGACGUCGAGUGGCUCUGGGUUCAGUCUCUACUUUUAGCUUACGGCGACGAACCAAAAAUGUACAACAGCAUUCCAAACAUUCAAUUUCCCCUGGCCAAUCCCAUGUUUCUCGUUGGA